AUGGAUAACACUUUGAUUCCUUGGUACUUGCAGAUGGAUGACACCUUCCUUUUUCAAGACACAACAUUCCCAACCAUUCCCCACCUAGAUCACACUCUCUUUCCAGAUCUUCAAAACCCUACCAUACCACCUUCAAAUUCAGCUCUUGUAUUUAAUUCAAUGCAACAUCAAGAAAAAAGGGAUCAAGCUGUCGCAACCGCCACCACGAAGGCCCCCGUCGCCACCACAAGUAGUACCCCGACUGCAGUGGCAAAAGAGAAGCGGAAGCGGGUGAGUAAGUCAUCAAAAAUUCAACAGGAUGGUGAUGACAAUGAGAAACCUGCUGAUGACCACCAGAAAAGGGUCUUUCGUAGAGACACCGAGCGUCAAAGAAGGCAAGAAAUGGCUAAUCUUUAUGCUUCUCUAAGGAAAUUCCUCCCUCUUGAAUAUUUAAAGGGACAGCGCAGCACGGUGGAUCAACUUCAUCAGGCUGAAAACUAUAUCAAACACAAAAAGGAGGAGAUUAGAGAACUUGAGCUGAAGAGAGAUAAGCUAAGGAACUUGUUUGGCAAAUCCGCCGACAAUAUUAAGAAUAAUGCUAAGAAGCUAAGAAGCUUUUCCUCCAACGUUGAGUUCAAAAUCAGGCCUUGCUCGACAAGUGGAAUUGAGGUUCUGAUAAGUUGCAAUUUAUCAGACGAUGAUGAUUGGUUUCCGUUGUCGAGGGUGCUGAGUGUGCUGCGGAAUGAAGGUUUGACUGUUGUUAGCUGCAUGAAAACAAAAGUUAAUCGAAAUUUGCAUUGCGUAAUUCAAACAGAAGUUGGUGAGGGAGCGUGUAAAAUGAACGAUAGGGAGCAACUAUCUUCCCUGGAGAAAAAGCUUGAUGAGGAAGUAAUUGCUUGGAAGAGUUUAGGUCCUUGCUUGCGCCCAGAGUGGAAUUCUUAG